GUAUUGGUAUUGGGAGAUACAUAGGUAUGUAGUUACGAGAUGAAAACGCUAUAGUACUUACUAAUCAUCUACGCAUGACCUAAAGCGUCGAUAGAUGAUACAAACUGGGAGACGGUAUUGGUUGUAUCGGUUUACCUAAGGCCGGCUAUUAGCGGCCGGAGCCCCACACAUAUCGUCCCUCUCUCCCCCCCGUUAUCGCAGGACCCGAGGCCUUCCCCCGUUGCCCAUUCGGUGAACAAAGGGAAAGCUGCAACAACCUUAGUUUAUGGCAACUAAGAAGCUUACGCCCUUCGGGUCUUCCGUUAUGUAAUUGUUAUUUUUUUUUUUGCCCCAUAGCGCAGCGGGUCCCGUACCUGCUUAACUUAACCUAAGGUAAUUAAUUAUAUUUGUACUAUUGGGAAGCCCCGUUUGCUUUCCCGAAAUGCCCUGGUUUAACUGUAACACGUAUCGGACAACGACAACGACAACUACAACUAUAACUACUACUAUAAAUCCUGCUGCUGCUGCUCUCCCGUCCUUGUCGCUUGUUCGUCCGGCCCGACGCUUUGUCCCGGCUUCACCUAGACUUUCGUUGUUGUUGCUGUUAUCAUUUUAUAAUACUCUUAGUUCCCCCCGGCGUCCACGGCCGUCUUCGUCUUCGAAUAUUAUUAUUGCGAGAAGCGCAGCGAUGCUAGUGGAGAAGGAUUAUCACCCGGGUGGUGGCCAGCUGGCCCAGCACCACCACCACCACCACAAGCCGCUGACGAUCGAGGGGAUCAAGGAGCGCAGGGCGAAGGCCGGGAAGCUAUACGCUCCCACGGCGUCGUACUCCGAUAGUGAUAUGUUCAAAUCUCCCCAAGCAUACGAAAAUAAGCCGAAAGCAAAACGAUGGGAUCACCUCCUCACGGAAGAAUCCCAAGCGCGCGAGCCCUGCCUGCUCAAGCUCGCGGCCAAGCACCUCAAGAAGCCCGGCCUGAUCUCGCUGGGCGGCGGGCUGCCGUCGGCGGAGAACUUCCCCAUCGACGCCCUGAGCAUGCACGUGCCGACGCCUCCCGGGUUCACCGAGGCCGAGACGGCGGCGUCCGGGCAGGAGGUCCGCAUCGGCAAGUACGACGUGGCGAGGGGCGAGAACGGCGGCGUCUACGACCUCUCCAUCGCCAUGAACUACGGGCAGUCCGUGGGGUCCGCCCAGCUCCUGCGCUGGGUCACCGAGAACACGGAGCUCGUGCACGGCGGCGGCCCGCCGUACGCCGACUGGCGCUGCGCGCUGACCGUCGGGAGCACGGGCGCGCUCGAGCAGGCGCUCAGGAUGUUCUGCGACCGGGCGAGGAACGACGCCGUGCUCACGGAGGAGUACAGCUUCUCAACGGCGCUCGAGACCAUGACCCCGCUGGGCAUCAAGGUGUUCGGCGUGCGCAUGGACGGCCAAGGCCUACUGCCCGCGCACAUGGACGAGAUGCUGUCGUCGUGGGACGAGGCGGCGCGGGGCGGCGCCAGGAAGCCCCGGGUCCUGUACACGGUGCCGUCGGGGCAGAACCCGACGGGCGCGACGCAGAGCGAGGCGCGGCGGCGGGAGAUCUACGCCGUGUGCCGGAAGCACGACGUGUACAUCCUCGAGGACGAGCCGUACUACUUCCUGCAGAUGCAGCCGUACGCGGGCAGGGCGGACGGGACCGCCGCCGCCGCCGCUCCUCCUCCGCCAGCUACCGUAGAGGAAUUCCUCAACGGCCUGGUGCCGAGCCUGCUGAGCAUGGACGUGGACGGGCGGGUGAUGCGGCUGGACUCGUUCAGCAAGGUGAUCGUGCCGGGGGCGCGGGUCGGCUGGAUCACGGCCAGCGAGCAGAUCGUCGAGCGGUACAUCCGGCACUCGGAGUGCUGCAGCCAGGGGCCCAGCGGGAUCUCCCAGCUGCUUAUGUACAAGCUCGUGGACGAGACGUGGGGCCACGAGGGGUAUCUGAAGUGGUUGAUGCACCUAAGGCUCGAGUAUACCCGGCGGCGGGACACGAUGCUCGCCGCGUGCGAGAAGCAUCUGCCUCGCGAUAUCGUGAGUUGGGUUCCGCCGGCAGCAGGCAUGUUUCUCUGGCUCAAAGUCGACCACACGAAACACCCGCAAGCCGGCAGCAAAUCGAUCCUCGAGAUCGAAGAGGCCAUCUUCGACUCCUGCAUCGACAAGGGCGUCCUCGCCAUCCGCGGGUCCUGGUUCCGCGCCGAGCGCGACCAGGAAGAACCUUCCUCCUCUUCGUCUUCCUCGGGACUCUUCUUCCGGACCACCUUCGCCGCCGCCUCCGAGGCCGCCAUGGACGCCGCUAUCGAGCGCUUCGGCGCCGCCGUGCGGAAGAACUUCGCUGCUGCUGCUGCUACCGCUUAGCGGCUACUGGUCAUUAACUUAUACAUACAUACCUAUAA